AGGUUAGGUUGUCACUCUCAUUGGGUAAAUAACAAACCACCCACUUAUUGAGAAGCCUGCCGUUCGGAGAGUCACGAGAAGUUUAACGUUAGUGGAGAUGACACCGAGGACAUCGGAGGUAGCACCGACGAACCGAGACGAAGCCACUCCGCCGGGGUGGUUCUGCUAAGCGGCUCGGAUCGCGGUCUCGAGGGUUCCUAACUCCGCCUGCCCACCUGCACUCGGGGUGGCUCGUCUCGCGGAGGAACCGUUGGUGGCUAGGCUAACCAGCAGCUAGCGGGGGCUAACUAGCCGCGGCGCCCGAGCGGAGUGAACAAGUCGCGGCGUGCGGAAGCUAACGACACCGAAGCUACUUUCAGAGCACCGCUGGGGCUGUUUUUAUUAUUAUUUUUGAUUUUUAUCCCGGAGAGGAAGGGGUGGUGAAGGUUGUUCUCGGCGGCGGUGCCAGUUGCGUUGUUGUGCCCGUCGUCCCCUCUUCAUUGUCGGCGGAGCGUCCUGAGUGGAGUCCGUGCAUGCUAGCAACAGCUGCAGCCCGUUAGCGUGAUGUGUCACAUUAGCUAACUAACCAGUUUUUUUUCUUUGCUUGUUUUUAAACGCCCGUUUAUUAACUGUACUUUUUUUAAUGUCGUGUCGUCCCUCCAGAAGAACCAGACGCGGAGCAUGCCGGAGGAGAAAAGACUCGGGGAUAAGUAGAUAGGGGACGUCGGACGUUACCGAGUUUUUUUUUUUUUAAAGACUGGACUGUGCGGCUUGUUCGCCACUGAUUUUGGGAAUUGAGUUUGACAGAGAGAGAGAGAGAGAGAGUCGAGGAUGAAGAAGUUUUCCAGAAUGCCAAAGUCCGAGAGCGGCGGACUUGGAGGGGCGUCUGGGUCCGGUUCCAGCUCCGGAGUCAGCAGCUACUUCGGGAAAGUGUUCGCGGUUGGCCGGUACCAAGUCACCGUGGAGGAGCUGAUCGCAGAGGGAGGUUUCUCAGUGGUGUUCCUGGCUCGUACGCACAGCGGUGUCCGCUGCGCUCUCAAAAGGAUGUACGUCAACAACGUCCCGGACCUGAAUGUCUACAAGAGAGAGAUCACUAUCAUGAAAGAGCUGUCGGGUCACAAGAACAUCGUCAACUACCUGGACUCUACAAUCAAUGCCGUGUCAGACAGCGUAUGGGAGGUCCUGAUCCUCAUGGAGUACUGUAAAGCCGGUCAGGUGGUGAAGCAGAUGAACCAGCGGUUAAACGUGGGCUUCAGUGAGGCCGAGGUCCUCCACAUCUUCUGCGACACCUGCGAGGCGGUGGCUCGCCUCCACCAAUGCAAGACGCCCGUCAUCCACAGAGACCUUAAGGUUGAAAAUAUCCUGCUGAACGACCAGGGAAACUACGUGCUGUGUGACUUUGGCAGCUCCACUCACAAGGUUCUGCUGCCACAUAAAGAUGGAGUGACCGCCGUGGAAGACGAGAUUAAGAAGUACACGACCCUUUCGUAUCGGGCGCCAGAGAUGAUUAACUUGUACGCAGGAAAAGCCAUCACCACUAAGGCUGAUAUAUGGGCUCUUGGAUGCUUGUUGUACAAGCUGUGUUUCUUCGCGCUUCCAUUUGGGGAGAGUCAAGUUGCCAUAUGUGACGGAACCUUUAUCGUUCCAGAUAACUCCAAAUUCUCCUUCAAGUUGCACUGCUUAAUCAGAUAUAUGCUCGAACCAGAUCAGGAGAAGAGACCAGACAUUUACCAAGUGUCCUACUUUGCCUUCAAAUUAGCUGGAAAGGACUGCCCAGUGCCAAAUCUCUUUAGCUCUCCCAUCCCCACAUCGCUGCCAGAACCACUAACAGCGAGUGAAGUCGCUGCUAAGAAGAGCAUGACGAAAGCCAGGAUAACGGAGUCUGUGGGUCCAACGGAAACAUCGAUAGCUCCCAGACAGCGGCCGAAAGCUGCCAACAGUAACGUCCUGCCUCUCGCCAACACUGUCACCCCCGUCAAGAUGACCGUGCCUUCAGCACCCGUCAGCAACGGCCAGAAAGCUCCCACUCCCGGCUCUGGACAACCAUCCAUGCAGCCGCAGCCCGGCAGCCAGCAGCACCGAGUCCUGCAGCAGCUGCAGCCCGGUGACCUGCGACUGCAGCAGCUGCAGCAGCAACAGCAUCACCACCACCACCAACAGCAACAAGCAGUGCAGCAGCAGCAGCAUGCAAACGCACAGCAACUCCAAUACCUCCAGUACCAACAGGCCGUGCAGCAGUCCAUCCAGCUCCAGCAGCAGCAGCAGCAGCAGCAGCAGCAGGCGUUGCUCCAGCAGCAGCAGCAGAUGAUGAUGCAGCCCAUGUAUCAGCAGCAGGUCGCUCAGGCUCAGGCUCAGGCUCAGUACGCAGCCAUGCUGCACCAGUACCAACAGGCUUUUGUCCAGCAGCAACAACAACAUCAUCAUCAACAACAACAACAACAACAUCCACAGCAGCAGCAGCAGCAUCAUCCCGCUCAGCAGCCUCUCCCCUAUAUGUCUUCCCCUCUUGAGUUCCAGAUCCCUCUCGGUUCCUAUAACGCCACCACGCCCACCGCUGGACCCGGACCUGGACCUGGUCAGAUUGGGGGACCUUCACCUGUGGAUCCUUCAUACACUAACCCCAGUAGAAACCCUCUCCUCACCACAGACGGGAUCACUCCUCCCUCUCAGAGCUGCAGCAGCGCCGUCAGCAACCCCCCCGACAUGUCGGGCUGGAACCCUUUCGGAGAGGACAACUUCUCCAAACUGACCGAGGAGGAGCUGAUCGACCGGGAGUUCGACAUGCUCAGAGCAAAAAAACCGGUGGAGAGAACAGCCAGCGUGGAAACGGACCGACCGACCGCCUCCACCGCCAAGCCCCUCCCACCGGAGGAUCUGUUCGGCUCCGUCCCGUUCGUGGCCAACGCAGGUACCAGUGUGGUAAAAGCUGAGCCGACCACCGAGGAAGUUCCUGCCGUCGUCUCAACUCCUGUAGAAAAUUUGCAGCCGGCAGCGGCCAAAGACCACAAACUGGGUAAAAAGAGCGGCUGCAGACCAGGCGACGAGUCCGACAGCGACUUCGAGUCCGACCCUCCUUCGCCGAAAAGCAGCGAGGACGAAGAGGCGGAGGAGGACGAAGCCUUGAACAGCGAGCAUGGCGAAGAUACGGAACCCGAGAAUUUAGGACAAAGACCUCUGCUGAUGGACUCUGAAGACGAGGAGGAUGAAGACAAGCACAGCUCGGAUUCAGACUAUGACCCCAGCAGGGCAAAGAGUCGCUCCAAGAAACCAGCCGGUGGUAAAGCAGCUUCAGGCGUCACCAGGAAUCCUCGGGGGGAAUCUGGCACGACCCUCAUCACCCCUCCAGAGUCGCCCAGCGGAGCCAGAGCUGUGGAGGCCGUGGAUGUCUUCGGUGCUGUUCCCUUCCUCGGCGGAGCGUCGCCUGUCGGGCCUUUGGAGAGCUCAGAUAUCUUUGCCAAAGCGCCUUUUAGGCAAGUCAGCCACGAGCAGCCAACGGCGGACGAGUUUGAUGUUUUUACCAAAGCACCCUUCAGCCGGAAUCUUUCAAAGUCGGGCAAAAGCGACGUCCCCAUGGGCCAGACGCCACCCAUCUCCCCAGAGGGCAUUGACAUUUUUGGCUUCUCGCCCUUCGAGCCGAGCCCCACCGUGCCUCCUCCAACCACCUCGAGAAGCGCCGAGGACAUCUUCAGAUCAUCCUAUGAGGAGUCAGCGAGUCCUCAGCAGCAGAGGCUGAAGCAGCGAAGCCUCCAGAAGCUGUCAUCCCGCCAGAGAAAAACCAAGCAGGACUCCACAGCAGGUGGAAGCAACGGGAAGCGACAUCACGGUACGCCAACUGGAGGACGCAAGAGCAACAAGCCGACGUAUCGCACACCCGAGAAAGUCCGCAGACACAAGAAGGUCGGUCGCAGAGACUCGCAGAGCAGCAACGAGUUCCUCAGCACCUCAGACUCUAAGGAGAACAUCAGUGUGGACAUUACCAUGGCGGAGGGGAAGGACAAAGGAGCAUCUCUGCCGGUGGACGAUGCCCUUCUAGACCCGUUUGGGGCCAAACCCUUCCAUCCUCAGGACGGCAGCCGACAUAGCCAGUAUCAAGGCCUCAACGACAGCAAAAGCGACAUGGCCACAGCCAAUGGUAAGUCCUGGACAGGUUCCCUUCACGGCGCUCUCGGGGAGAACAAAACCAUGGAUGACUUCGGGGCAGUGCCCUUCACAGAACUGGUCAUCCACAGUGGACCUCAGCAGCAGCAGGCACCGUCGCAGCCGGUGGACCUCGACCCGUUUGGAGCUGCACCUUUCCCCUCCAAGCAGUAACUCUUCCUGCGUCUUCCUGCUCUGCCAGUUGCUGUUAAAGACCCCUGAAGCUUUUCUUUUUGGUUUGGGAUCAUUUUCAACCAGUCAUGGAACUACAAGCUAACAAUGUGCUUCUUUUGUAAGAACAUUUUAAUACAUCUCUAAGUUUGAGUAACAGAAACCUGAAUCCUGUGGAGUGAGCAGUGUUUCCACAUAUCUUUCACCUGUACCUGUUUGCUGAAAAGCCUUUUAUGCUGCAUUUUAACGCUCAUAGAGACAUUUAAAACGGGAGACCCACUCAAAAAUCGUACUGUGAUUAUAAGCUUAACAUUUGACUUGCCUCAAAAAGCUCUUCACGGCCGUCUGCCUUCUGAUCUACCAAUAUGUUUUUAGCACCACAAAGCCUUACCUGAGCUCGGCUCUGCCUUGCUUCACAGUACCUCGGAAACCACGAUGCCGUCAGCCUUCACUGGCCUCGAGCGUCGUUUGAAAUCAUUUGGGAGUUGUCCUUAACCACUUUGUUUUUAUUAGACUUUUCUCUAUGCAUAAUUUCACAGUAGUCUUUUACGCAGCCAAAGGCGGCCGUGAUUUGUGUUGCAUUACACUUGGAAUACUAGAAGGGAUCGAAUUUAUGUUGUACUUCCUUUAAAAGAUGGAGCUCUUAAUUGGUUCAGGUUGAAAUUUAGGCUCUUAACUGUUUUCUUUAUUUCCUAGCAGUAAACUUCUAGGUAAAUACUGUUCAGUUUCUUUCUUUUAUUUUUUCUAUUAAGUCGCAACUCAACAUGUUCUGUUAGAAAUAAGGAAGAAAUAAAACAACGCCACGUUAGAUCACUGCUCAUUUGUGAACUUUACACCCCAACAGGAAGUCACAAGCUGUACUGUUAUUUUCUCAUUAAUGUCAGUGAACUCAGCAUCAGAGUUUGGAUUAUUUUCAUGGGAAGUGGGAAUCACUAAAAAGAUGAUUAUCUUUUUUGUAAUUGUGCACAAAAUCCCAUGAAAACACCAAAAGAAACAUGUUUCGGUACUUUACAGCUUUCAGUCCUUACUGACUCAACUGUUUUUAUGAUCUUUAAAGGAGUAGUUUGGAAUUGCAGAUGUUAAACUUAUUUCUUGAAGAUAAUUUUGAAGGUUGAUACCACUCAUUAUCUCUGUAAAGACACAAAGGUACAUCCAGGAAACAGUUAGCUUAGCAUAAAGGCUGAAAAUGUGGACAUCUGUAGCAAAGUUACAAGUCAGUGGAAAUAGCAACACUGGGAAAAAUAAGGAUCUUUAUGGUUGGUUAAAUUUUGAAAUAGUUUAAUGCGUUUCAUGGGCGAUUAAGACACAUUUCAAAAGUAGGUUUUGACGUAGCAAACAUUUAACUCUGAAGACCGAUUAGCUUUUAACGGCUUCUUUCAGUGUCUUCGCUUCUGGACAGCGUAAACCUUCGCUGAUACCAGUUGAGAUAAAACAAUAACUACAGUUUAGCCAAUUAUAAACAAUUCCUGAAAACUUCUUUUUCUCUCGUAGAUCACCAAAGUUUUCGUCACGUUUUUGGCAAAAAACGAAGUUCCGCUGAGGGCUCUCAUGAGUUUUUGCUUUUUUUCUGCAAUUAUACGUAGUAGUAGUUUUCUUUUAAACGUCUUAAAAUCAAGCCAAUAAUACAUAGUUUAAUUUUCAACAAAACACCAUUGAUUUCAGCAGAAAAAGACUCAAACAGAAAGAAAUUGUGCAUUUGAUGGGGACUAUUUUCAGCAGCGAAUUCAUUAACAUUUGGUUCUGUGGUGAGUCCAGUGCUACUGGCAGGAGGACGCUGUAUGUGGGAUAGUUUUUGGAUAACAGUGCAGCUGAUUAAUUUAUAUCAAGCUGUGAUUUUUUUUUUUUCUUCUGUAAACGAGAUCAGUUCAUUACUGUGUUGUUUGGUCUUUUCAUGGGAAUUUGUUGAUGAUGACAAAAGAAAAUGAAUCACCAGAAUUCUUCUUUAACGUGGGCCCUUCCGCUGCAGAAUGACAUAAAUAUAUUGGCACAUUCAUAAAGGGAAAAAAACAACAUUCAAAUCCAAUCUGUGAUGUUGUUGCUCAGGUCUUCAUCGUUCCACUCUUCAGCGCUGAACCCUUCCUCUUCAUCACCAGCCUUAAGCACUGCUUUCAGCUACACGACCGUUGGCACAUCUGCUGUUUCCACCAGCGGAUCCAUUUGAUAUUUUCCAUCCUCUUUUUGUUUUUUUUCCCACCAGGGUAAAUCGGACAUUGUAUUUAUCUGCUAUACUGCUGUUGGAUGCAAUAAAUAAAGUUUCAUCUCAGUGAUCCUA